AAUGACAGAAUAUCUUGUAGAAGAUUCACUGGCAACGAUAUUGAUAAAAAAUGAAGAGUACGAAUUGAGUAAAAUUUACAAAAAUCUAUUGCGAAAUAUAAAAAAAGCACAGAAUGAUCCUAGAGUUAAGUCCAUUGUAAUAAUUGGUCAAAAAUCUUUCACUAAUAAGUACUUGCCACUGAAACUAUAUGAUGAAGAUCAUCAAAUUUGUCUCAUUGAAGUCUUAAGUGAAAUUGAGAAUUCUUCUAAACCAAUUGUAGCUGCUAUCGAAAAUUUUUGUAUUGGGAGUGGUCUGGAAAUAGCAAUUUCUUGCCAUUAUAGAAUUUCUCAUUACAAUUCUUGGUUUUCCUUUCCUGAAGUCAACUUAGGAAUAAUACCACAGGCCACAGGCACUCAAAGAUUUCCUCGUCUUUCAAGUCUCAGAUUCGCUCUAGAUGUCAUCCCAAGUGGAAGAUUCUUUAACGCGGAAGAAGCUUUAAAAAAUAACAUUGUUGAUAAGAUAAUAGAUUCUGACAUGUGGAUGGAAGCAAAGAAAUUUGCAAAACAAGUCGAGGGUAAAAGUCUCAAAGAGAGGAGAACGAGUAAAAGACAAGUUAUCGAUAGAAAUAAGUUAGACGAAUUAAUAUUGUCGGCUAACGAAAAAGUCUUAGAUUAUCCCUAUGAAAAAGCUUCGAAAUACGGUAUCCAAGCCGUUGCCGGGUCUGUGAAACCGUUUGACCAAGGACAGAUGAUCGAGAGAAUUAUCUCUUUCCGCUUAUUUUCAUCAUCACAAUCGAAAGGAUUAAGAUAUUCUGAUUUCAUCGAAAGAUCCGCGUCAAAGUGGCAAAUACCUGGAGGUGCUGAUUGGAUGAAUACAAAGGAAGACAAAAUAAACUCUAUAGCUAUUAUAGGCUAUAAUAAAAGAGCUAUUGAAAUUGCUCUAGGUUUUGUGAAAUCAAGUAUUUCUGUAAUGGUAGCAUCGUUAACAAAGAGACAAAGAUUUAUUAUUGGAUUUCAGAUAUUCGAAUUCUUUCAUUUAUCUCGUCUUCUACAAAUUGUAUAUUGCAGUGAAACGUGUCCAAAAGCUAUAUCAACUGUAUUGGAAGCAGGAAAAAUUUUGAAUAAGGUUCCUUUAUUGCUGAAAAGUCCGAUUCAAACAACCAAUCAUAGCCUGAUGAAUUCAGUGAAACAUUUAUUAUAUCCCGAUUAUGCCAACGGAAAAUAUGAAAAGAAUGAUGAUUUAACUAGAGAUUUGUAUAAAGAUAGUAGGAAAGUUAUGAUUUGCAAAUAUUCUCCAUUUUCCGAUAAUACGUCAAGUUAUUACCUAGAGCUCGAAAAACUAUUAGACAUAGCAAACGACACAGACAAAUGUCAAAAAACAAGGUUAAUGAAAGAAGUUCCUUUCCAUAAGGAAUUGGCAAAGUGGUACCUAUAUAAUUCCAUAAAUGAGUCAUUCCUGGCACUAGAGAACGGACUAAUUGAGAAACCUGAAGACAUAGAUUUAAUUUUAUUGUUUGGUUUUAACUUUCCAAGACAAAUUGGUGGUUUAAUGAAGUAUGCUGAUGAGAAGGGACCACGUAAGAUUUAUGACGAAAUCUGCAAAUAUCACGCAUCAUUUAAUAAUCAACCAUCUUUAAAGCCAAGUAGACUAUUAAAGAGAAUCGCUUUGGAGAAUAUUCCAAUGAAUCUUUGGUCGGCGACUGCAAACUCUAUUAGUAAACUAUAA